GGAUGCCUACAGCUAUAGCAUCCCCUGUACUGCAUGCGAGGCAACGUGAACCCUACGCUAGCUAGCUUGUCUGCAACUUUCUAUCACGAAGGGCUUGUAGCAGCCCUCAACCGCUGAUGUGCGUGCAUAUUGACGUGGUCGGCCGCCAGCCGCAACAGCCAUUUUCUUUCUGCAGACAAGGCAGCGAUGGCUAGAGCAAGCCUGCAUGCAUGAGGAGCGUGUGGACACAUACGUCCAUAGGAACUGCAGGCCAGGGUAGGCAAACCAGAGGGAGAUCACAGUAGGCUACAGGCUGCACGCAGGUGGAGACAUUCCGGAACCCGGGCACCUGUCACCGGUAGCGACCGAGGCCCCACGUGAAAGUGAGCCAGGGUGCGCGAGGACAAGCACGACACAGUUGGAAAGAACAAUAGUCCAAUUCCUAGUAGAAACAGCCACCACCGGAAAAGACGGGAGACGGGCAGAGGUAGGAAGCAUUAGUGGAAAGUGGGUUGCGCGAACACGCCUCCUGCCUAUUUAAGCCGCGCUGUAGUGCUUGGCUUAGUGCACCACAACAACUCGUCCUGCAUCCGUCUUGAUGAGUGAGCGAGAGACCUAGACAGAUCGACAGGUCAAGAAGAGUUUGUGCAUAUUUGAUCUCAGUUGAGGAACAAGAGAGCCAUGGCAGAGCACCACCAGCCCCAACAACAAGAGAUGAACGUGGUCCCUACUAGCGGGCUUGACCUGCCUCCAGGGUUCCGCUUCCACCCUAGUGACAUUGAGAUUAUCAGCGACUACUUAAUGAACAAGGUGCGCAACACAAACUUCACCUGCAUCGCCAUUGGAGAGGUCGAUGUAAACAAGACCGAGCCAUGGGACCUCCCAGAUCAAGCAAAAUGGGGCGAGAAAGAGUGGUACUUCUUCAACCAAAAGGACCGCAAGUAUCCAACGGGGCUGAGGGCAAACCGGGCCACAAAGGCCGGUUAUUGGAAAGCAACAGGAAAAGACAAGGAGGUUUACAAAACCACAGAAGGGGUGUUGAUGUUGGUCGGCAUGAAGAAGACGCUCGUCUUCUACAAGGGCAGGGCUCCUAGGGGUGAUAAAACCAACUGGGUGAUGCAUGAGUAUAGGCUCGAAGGCAGCGGUAGGCUCCUCGGUCCCGCAUCCGCAUCUAGCUCAAUAGCCACUGCUGCCACUGCCACAAAAGCUUCAACUUCUGCUCCCAUGGAUGAGUGGGUGGUCUGUCGUGUGUUUGAAAAGACCACUGGGAUUAAGAAGACGACUGCACCAUCUUACGAGGUUGCCAUGGCUAGCACUGAGAUUGAUCAGAAUCAGAAUAACAUCCAAGCGAUCCCCAUCCCUAUGUCGCUACAGCUGCCAUUGUCUGUGCCUAUGCCCAUGCAAUUUCCCAUCAUUCCAGACUUUGCUAUGGACCCAGUGGCCCCCUACUACCCUAAUGCUAGCACUGGGAUUCCUACGAUGAUGCCGUCUAUGACAGGUAUCAGUGGCACUAGCGGGCUCCAGAUUAACAACGCCCAGUUCAGCAAUCCGAUAAUCGCGUCGCCACAAAUGAACUUCUACCACCAGAUGGGCAUGGGGGCUGUAGCUGGCCGGAUAGACAUGGGGGCUGCAGUUGGCCAAAUGGGUAUGGGGGCAGGAGCUGGCCAGAUGGGCAUGGGGGCAGCAGUUGCCCAGAUGGACAUGGGAGCAGCUGGAGCGGGUGGCUUUGAUGUUGUUGCGCCAGAGAGUAGGCCAUCCUCAAUGGUGUCACAGAAGGAUGACCAGGCUAAUGCCGCUGAGAUCUCAUCGAUGAUGUCUGUGACCGACCCAGGGUCUGCAACCACCACCAUAGAGAUGGAUGGCAUAUGGAAGUAUAAGUAUUGAAGGAGUGAACAUGGAUGGUGGAGGAAAAGACAUGAAUCCACAUAAAUAUGCAUGUUAUAUCUAUAUCUGCAUUUCAUUUGCAUGGUUUAUAUAUUUCGGUAGUGCUAGUUGGUAUGUGAUGUGUGUAUAUAUGCACUAGUAUAUGCAUCAUACCAUUACAUUGUAGUAUGUGUGUCAUUUGGUCUUACUAAUUUGGGGCAUGAUGGUAUGCAUACCUGGAUAUAUGACAUCUGCUUGGUCAUACUGAUGGUUGUAUUGUAAGAAGCAGAUUAGAGUUUAGUACAAUAUUAUCAUGAACCUAUAUAUUAUAUACAUAUGAACUAUAGUAUGUUGCUUAA